GCAGCUUGGUACAGUUCGCAAAUUUUCUCAAAUCGACAUAGAUGUUAGUAAACAAAAAGUUUAAGAAUAAAUCACAAUUUAAAUGUUUCAAUGCCAAAUGAUUGAACACAAAUCAGUUGGAAUCCCUGAUUAGGAAAACUACUUCGAAAAUUUUUAAUAGUUUUUUACCAGAUUUUAUUCUGGUAAAGUAACAUUUUUUCAACAGGUGUUUAACUAAGAGAUAUAUGGAUGCUUCUAUUAUCAGUUCAAAACUCUUAAAAAAAUAAAAGUGUUUAUGGAUCGCAAGGAUUAAAUAAAUUGUAUACAAAACCAAAUCUACACAUCGGUCAAAUACAAAGAGCUUAAAAGCUUAAAACAAAAACGAAAAUUCCAGAAAGGGAGGUUGACUUUAGCUCCCAUUGAGCGUUUGGUCGUCAUUUGUGUACAUAGUGCAAUCUCAAAAUAUUUUCGCAUAAUAUUUUAAAACAAUAUUAUAAAUUCUAAGCACAAUAUGGCUAAAGAAUAUUUAUAUAUCCCACAAUGGUUGACUGUGCAAUUUUUAACCGAAGUUCUGAGUGGACACGAAAAGGAAAAGGACCUUGAGGUUACCAACUUGGAUUUAACCCAGGGAUGUGUUGAAGGAGAUAAUUAUAUAUGUAGUAUGUAUCGUGCAAAAGUGGAAUACAAAACCCAGAAAGCAACCUUAUCCAAGACCCUGAUUAUAAAAACGGUGUCGGAAGGGUAUGCCGUUUCUGCUUCAUUCAUAAAUGAAAUAGGCAUGUAUAAAAAAGUCCUGCCUGAGUUCGAGAAGAUUCUCCGAGAAAAAAAUGAUACAACCAAACUGCAUGCAGAAUGCAUAUAUUAUAGCCUGGAGCCCCGACAGGUUAUUAUAUUUGAAGAUCUUGUGGAGAAGGGAUAUGCAAUGGUGCAAAAUCGUUUGCUCACGGAUGAGGAGAUUUGUAGAGCAUACACCAAGCUGGCUAAAGUCCAUGCAGUCAGCAUGAAGUUUAUUAAUGAGCGACCUGAGUUCCUGAAGGAGUUCAAUGAUGGAAUUUGUCUUUUAGAAAGUCCCUGUAUGAAAUGCGGAAUGGAUUCGUUUACGUCUUUUUUAGGACGCAUCCCAGAAUUGAAAAAAUACCAGUCUCACUUUGAGAAGAUCGAACUCAACUUUACAGGCCGACUGUGGGAGGCUAUGAAGGAGUAUCAAACUAAACCCCAGCCAGGAUACUACGUUCUCUGCCAUGGGGAUUUUCAAACUAAAAAUGUAAUGUUUAAACACAAUAAGGAAACAGGAAGCCUUGAGGACUGUAUGCUGCUGGAUUAUCAGGGAAGUUAUGUGGCGCCAUUGGCCGUGGACUUGAUGUAUUCUAUUUAUAUGAUAAUGGGCCGAGAACAGCGCACUGAGAAACUGGAGACCCUACUGAACCAUUACUUCUCGGUCCUGCUUGAAACCCUCCGAAAGAUUGGCUACCAGGGAAUAAUGCCCACGCCUCAAACGUUCUGGGCGGAAGUAAAACGUCUCAAGGAUUAUGAAUUCCUAUUCCUAAGCACCUACUUACCAUGGUCACAGGGGGUUUGGCUUAGGGGUUAUGAAUCCUACUCCAACGCAGAAACUGAUCAAAAAUUAAAAGAAUUUAUUGAAGAAUGUAAAAUAAUGCUGGCCCGAUUCGAAAGUUCAGGAUAUUUUGCGGAGUUGUAAGAUUUUA